GUACGUAAUCCAGAGUUUAGACAUGAAAAACAACAACAACUUUCCACAUGUGAAUUGAUGUCUAUUUUCAAACGUUUUAUUGAGUUAAAACUUGUAUAGACUGUUAUUUUACGCUUGAAUUUAAUAACCAGAUGCAGUAACAUCGAUACUAAAAGGACAACAUGCCUAAAAAAGGUAAGAGGAGUAGUGAGGCUGGAGCAAAUACUGGUCCAAGAAAAAAGAAGUCGAAGGUACACAAGUGGAGUAGUGACCAUGUACCGGAGUAUGCGUCGGAUGAUGAUAAGUUGUACGGGAAUUACGAGGAGCCAGACCCAGAAUCCAGGGAAUACAUAUAUGAUGAUGUGGAUGAAUUCCAUACUAACAGAGAAAAGAUUUUACUAGACAAAGGUUACAGAGAAGAGGAAGAAUUGCCUCAAUCUGAUGAGGAGGAGGUUCUUGCCCUGGACUCGGAAGAGAGUGAUGAUGAAGAGAUAAGAAACUUGAAGGCCCAGCUGAGACGUGUGAAACAGUUAGAGAAGAAGGAAGCACUCGGCAGUGACCUUGAAGAUCAGUCUGGUGAUGAUGAAGAAGAGGGUUUACCAGAUCAGAAGGCCUGGGGUAGUCGAAGAAGUAAAUAUUAUGGAGAUGAUGAUAUAAAUAUGAAGGAUAUGGAAGAUGAGGAUGCUGAGGCAGUUCUAGAAGAGAAGGAAGCUCUCAGGUUACAGAAACAGAUGGCAGAACAACUUGAUGACCAAGAUUUUGGACUGGAUAUUUUUCAGCCCUCACAGAAGGAGAAAGAAAGUGUAGAGAAAGAAGAAAAGAUUGUCAAAGACCUUUCCAAGCUCUCCAAGAGAGAAAAGCUUAAGCUGUUGAAGAAAGAGUCACCAGAGUUGCUCACUUUGAUAGAAGACUUCAAAACUAAGAUGGCAGAGGUACAGGAGAAGUUAUGUCCCCUCAAAGACUGGAUAGGAAGAAAGGAAAUAAAAGGAAGAGCUGUUGACUAUGUUCACACAAAACUUAAGCUAAAUUUGAAUUAUUGCACCAAUAUUGUGUUCUAUUUGAUGCUGAAAGCCAAACAAGCUCCAGUACAUAACCAUCCUGUGAUCAAACGUCUGCUGCAGUACAGAAAUAUAAUGAAGCAGCUGGAACCACUGGAUGACCAGAUGAGAGAUGAGAUAGAUGAGAUUGUUGAGAAACUAAGUAAAGGUGAAGAUGUGGACUUUGACAAGAAUGUAGAUCAACCAAGAACUUUUGUCAAGAGAAAAGAAAAGAAGGAUAAAAAGAUACACACAAAGAAAGGGAUAGAGCUGGUCUCAGUUUCAGAAGAUGGGAAACAAGAUAAAAAGAAUGAGAAGAGAUAUGAGACUAAAGAUGAGAAGGAAGCUUUGGAGUAUUACGAGAUGAUGAAAGCAGGUAGACCUGAACAUUCUGACGAGGAGGGGGAGCAGGAUGAAGAAAGUGGUGCAGAGGGUGCAGAGUACAAUGAAUAUGAUGCUGAAGAAUUGGACGAGGAUGGUAAAAGAGGCAUCUCAUACCAGAUUGAGAAGAACAAGGGGUUGACUGCUCAUAAGAGGAAAGAGUUGCGUAAUCCGCGUGUCAAACACAGAAUGAAAUUCAGAAAAGCUAAAAUUAGGAGGAAAGGCCAGUAUCGUGAACCAAGGACAGAAAUGCAGAAGUAUGGUGGAGAGAUAUCUGGUAUCAGGGCUGGUAUCAAGAGAGGUGUAAAACUGAAAUAAUAGUUGUACUUUUUAAUGUAUUUUCCUGCUUAACUAAUAAAAGUUGUUACAUGUA